AUGGCGACUAUCGAGCGCAAUCCCAAGGACUCGAUGAAGUCGACAUGGCGAACCGCGGACCGCAGCCAGUGGAGUUUCGCCCACUGGUUUUACGAGUUAUUCGACCUUCAUCUCGUGGAUCUUGACGUACAAGUGCCUGUUCACGACAAGAGCGACAAGAUGCCAUAUGUUCCUGAGCUCGUCAUGCACCGGUGGAUACUUACGCACGCCGUUGUGCCUGUCGCGAUCCAGCAGGCCUAUUGCAUGUACACUGGGCAGAACCUGAGCCCUCUUCUCACCUUGAUCCUUUACUCGGCGGCGUUCAAGUUCAAUGCUAUUCGUCAGCUCAAGACCAUGCGUGUUAUGGGCCAGCAAGUCGGCUUUUUGGAUGGCGAUGAGCACGACCGCGAUGGCAUCCCUGAUGUUGGUGUCCUCAAGGUCUUCCUCUCCCUAAUUUACACUUCCAUCUCGCGACCAGUCUUCACCGUUCUGUUAAGCUAUCGCGCCGUCAUAGCGCCGCAAGACAUCAACUGGGCUUGGCUUCCCGUCGAAAUCGGCUUCUAUGGCAUCAUCCUCGACUUCUGGUUCUACUGGUACCACCGCCUCAUGCACGAUGUCUCUUUCCUCUGGAAGUACCACCGUACCCAUCACUUGACGAAGCACCCGAACCCGCUUCUGACCCUCUACGCCGACACCGAGCAGGAGAUUUUCGAUAUUGCUGGCAUCCCCAUCAUGACCUGGGUCACCAUGAAGCUUAUGGGCUUUCCUAUGAGCUUUUACGAGUGGUGGUUCUGCCACCAAUACGUCGUAUUCGCCGAGCUUGCUGGCCACAGCGGCCUUCGUCUCCUGGCUAACCCCCCCAGCACUUUCACCUGGAUACUGAAGUUGUUCAACGCCGAGCUUGUCAUCGAGGACCACGACCUUCAUCACCGGAAGGGUUGGAAGAAGAGCGGCAACUACGGCAAGCAAACUCGCCUGUGGGAUGUUGUCUUUGGCACUUGCAAGGACCGUAUCGAAACUAAAUCCGACAAAAUUGACUGGGACACUGCCAUUGGUAUGCCUGCAUUUUAA